AUGACAGCUCUUAAGACAGAACAGAACAUUGGUCGUAUUACUCAAAUUAUCGGACCGGUUAUUGAUGCAGUAUUUUCACCAAACAAAAUGCCGAACAUUUACAACUCCGUUGUAAUUGAAGGUAAAAAUGAUGUUGGAGACACAAUCAAAUGUGUAGCAGAAGUACAACAACUCCUUGGAGAUAACGUUGUUCGUGCAGUAUCAAUGAGUGCUACUGAUGGUUUAAUGCGUGGUAUGACUGUAGUUGAUACCGGUGCAGCACUUUCAGUACCAGUUGGUAAAAACACUCUUGGACGUAUCUUCAACGUUCUUGGUGAGCCAGUAGACGAGCUUGGUGCUGUUUCUACACCAGAGGGAAUGCUCCCUAUUCACCGUGCUGCUCCAGCAUUUGUAGAUCUUGAUACUAACCUUUCAAUUUUUGAAACUGGAAUUAAAGUAGUAGACCUUCUCGCACCAUACCGUCGUGGUGGUAAAAUUGGUCUCUUCGGUGGAGCUGGUGUAGGUAAAACAGUGUUAAUUAUGGAGCUCAUCGUUAACAACAAUAUUGCUAAGGCACACGGAGGAGUAUCAGUUUUCGCUGGUGUAGGUGAGCGUACACGUGAAGGAAACGACCUUUACCAAGAGAUGUGUGAAUCUAAAGUAAUUGACACAGCAAACCUUGCGAAUUCGAAAGUAGCACUUGUUUAUGGCCAGAUGAACGAACCGCCAGGGGCACGUAUGCGUGUAGGACUUACAGCAUUAACAAUGGCUGAGUACUUCCGUGACGUAAACAACCAAGAUGUACUUCUUUUCGUAGAUAACAUUUUCCGUUUUGUACAAGCGGGUUCUGAAGUAUCUGCACUUUUAGGACGUAUGCCAUCAGCAGUAGGAUACCAGCCUACACUUAGUACUGAAAUGGGAUCACUCCAGGAGCGUAUUACAUCGACUAAGACUGGAUCAAUUACAUCAAUUCAAGCAGUAUACGUACCUGCAGAUGACCUUACUGACCCAGCUCCAGCAACAACGUUUGCUCACUUAGAUGCAACAACUGUACUUUCACGUAACUUAGCAGCUAAGGGAAUUUACCCAGCAGUAGAUCCACUUGAUUCAACUUCAACAAUGCUUCAGCCAUGGAUUCUUGGGGAUGACCACUAUGACACUGCACAAGGGGUUAAGCAGACUUUACAGCGUUACAAAGAACUUCAAGAUAUUAUUGCGAUUUUAGGUCUUGAUGAACUUUCUGAAGAAGACCGUUUAACUGUAGCACGUGCUCGUAAAGUAGAGCGUUUCCUUUCGCAACCAUUCUUCGUAGCUGAAGUAUUUACAGGUUCACCUGGUAAGUAUGUAAGUCUUGCAGAGUCAAUUCAAGGAUUCAAGAUGAUCUUAGGGGGAGAGUUAGAUGACCUUCCUGAGCAGGCAUUCUACCUUGUAGGAAACAUUGACGAAGCAGUAGAGAAGGCUGCAAAAUUAUAA